AUGGAGCGCUCGCGCGGCAGCAUCUACGACCACGACAUUCCCUCGCUCAGCGCAUCGCUCGAAGCCUUUGACCCGGAGCGCAGCUACCUCGCACAGUCCGGGUACAGCGCGCGCUCGAACAUGCACUCUUCGCGCUGGAGCGUACCCCCGCAGGAAGCAGACGAGUCGGAGCAGGAGAGCGAGGGUCCCUGGGCGCCGCCCGCCUGGCAGAAGAGCAACAACCAGUGGCAUCGGCGGUCGCUACUGCACUCCAGCAGGUCGCCGUCGUACUACCGCACCGACCGUGAGACCACGCCGUCGCGCAUACCGCUCCCCGAGUCGCCCAUGAAGAACACGCCGCAAGGCAGCCCUGAGCCGGAGGAGCAGCGCUAUGCGACCGAGAACAUCGCCUCGCGCAUGCAGAGCCCGAUGGAAGACGUGAAGGAGGAGCCCGUGGAUGAAACGGCCUUGUCGCACCACGACGAGGCGAGUACCAUGGACGGCUUCGUCCGCUUUGCCAUCAGAGGAGAGACGCUGUUCCGCACUGCGCCCAUUGAGGAAUCCCUCUCCACGUUUGCGAAUGGCAUGGGCAUGUUCACGCGGACAAGACGGAACGUGAUACUGACGAUAGCGACCGUGGUACUGAGCUGGGUGCUGCUGCAUCCGUGGAAUACGAGCUUGGUUCCCGAUGUCGCAAAUGUCGCGAACAUGGCGAAGCAGUUCGAGCCGCUCAUGUACGCGAGCGAGAAUGUGAUCCCGCGAUCGCGCGAGCUGGCCGAGGCGAGUAUCGCAGUGCAGGACCUGGGCGAGAGCGUGCGGGCGACGAACAUGUCUGCGUCGACAGUCAUCAUCGACCAGCUGGACGAUCUGGGCGACAGUCUGAAAGUGCUGUCCGAGAAAAUCACUUCCUUUUUCACCAACGUUGACGGCGAUAUGGACUCCAUCCUCAUCACCAUGGAAUGGGCCCGGCGCGAACUCUCCUCCAUCCAGUCCCCCAAAAUCGGCAUACUCGACACCCUCGUCUCCAACGUGCACGGCGCGCUCUCCCUCCUCGGCGCUCUCGAAGCCGACGGCACACCGACCUCGCUCGGCCGCGUCGUUAAUGACGUCCUCGGCCACACAACCCAACAACGCUCCCGCGCAACCCUGCAGCGCACAUUCGACUACCUCCUCUCCACACUCGAAGAGAACAUCCAAAACGAGCUCGCGCGCGCAGAUGUCCUGUUCCGACUUUUUGAAAGCGUGGAUAGGCAGUUCCAUAACUUGCAUCGCAGUGUUGCGAGAGAAGAAGAUAGCUUGGCAACGAAAAAAGAUGAGUUCUUGGCAAGUAUGUGGCGCAACACCAUUACGAACAAGCUCAAGAUUGCAAAGUAUGAGAAGAACCUCAAACUGCUCAAAGACGUGCGGGCGUCGACGUUGAGUAAUAAGAGCGAGUUGAAGAGCCAUAUUCAGGUUAUUAACUCAGUCAAGGAUCAGCUAGAUAAGGCCAGGAGGAAUUUGGUCGGGCCGCUAAUUAAGCGCGCACAAAGCAACUCCUUCGGGCUGGAGGGUCAGCUCGAGGAGGUUGAGCGGACGUACGGGUUUCUGAAGGGGGUCAGGGAUACGCAGAAACAUCGCGUGCUCAGGGAGUUGUGGGGGACGGAGCCUAAGAGGAGGGUACAGAUUACGUCGGGAGACCGAGAAGAGGGGAUGGAGGAAAUUGAGGAGUCGUGACGACAUUCAGUUCUCCCGGUCUCUUUCACCUCCUUCUCUGUACGGCACUCGUCCUUUGCAUAGCGCAUAGCGAUUGGAUAGACAAAGGUGUGUGGCGUGUUGUGGAUGGCUUAUUGACUUUUGGAUAUGGCGUUUGGCCCAAGGGCGUUCCGGCUUUCGAUUUUGGAUAACUGUUAGCGAUGGGACUUGGUAUACAGGACUGGGUAUGGGUUUGGAGCUCGGUCAGUGUACAUAGCGUAGCGCUACCUUUUUGGCAUGAAUCACACUCAACAUUAC